GCUUCACAAGCUUAACAACGGGAGAACUGAGAGACCUGACAAAGUUUCUGAUUUAAACUCGGAAGGGAGCCAUGAGGACCCAGUUUGUGCUGCUGCUUUCUGCCACUGUACUCUGUGUAAAUGCUAACAUCUCUGAGCGUUACCAGAAGUUUAUAAAUCAGCAUAUUUUUCAGCGGAUGAGUGUUGACAGGUGUACCAGCGUGAUAGCUAGUAGACGCAUUAAAACUGCCGACAAUGAGUGUAAGGAGACCAACACCUUUAUCAGAGCUACCACGGGUCUAGUGAAACCCAUUUGUGACCAUGCAGGAGAGCCAUAUGGUGAGAUGACCAAAAGCACAAAACCUUUUGACAUUGUUGUCUGUAAACUAAAAGGGGGAAGGCCAGGCCACUGUGAGUACCGUGGGAACUCUUACACCAGAAAAAUUGCUAUUAGAUGUGAACAAGGCUUACCUGUGCACUUUGACAGAGACAUUGUAAACUUUGAAUAA